AGCUGUUUGAAGGACUUUCUUAUGCGUUGUUCCGCCUGUGAGCUGCAGACAGAGCGGCUAAAGCCACUGGGUGCCAGUUUAAAGUCCCACAACUCGCCCGGACUCGGUGAUGCUGUGAUGUAAAGUGACAGAUCGAGCUGUGCUAGCUUAGUGUGAUAGCUAAGGGGAAUAAAACUGCAGGUGGACUGGUACUGGACUGGUGCGAAGUACAAGUUCAGGAGUGAAUGACGACAGACGGUUCAUCUGCAAGCCCUGAGCUGGCUGAUCUCAGAGCGAAGAGCAAAUCUUUGUGGCAGCUUUGAAAAACUGUGGCCUGAAGGCAUUUUGAUAUUUGAAAUGUCUGUCAAAAGAGCAGAAGGGAUGUCCAUCGCUCAGGCUUUGGCCAUGACCGUAGCAGAGAUCCCUGUCUUUCUCUAUUCCUCAUUUGGGCAGUCAAUAUUUUCCCAGCUAAAACUGACCCCAAGCUUGAAGAAGGUGCUCUUUGCCACAGCACUGGGCAGUGUAGCUCUGGCUCUCACUGCGCAUCAGCUCAAAAGACGGAGGAGGAAGAGGAAGCAGGCAACACAAGGGAAGGAGGGCCAGAAGACGGUUGGAAUACCUGAGGCCCUGAUGAGGACAGGAAGGCCCUCCUCAUUAAAGAGAGGUCCAUUAACUGGCCGUCAGGUGAUGAGUCCAAGCACCAGGAGCAAUGACACCAUGAGUGGAAUUUCUUCUCUGGCUCCCAGUAAACACUCAAGCUCCUCACACAGCCUGGCAUCGAUGCGGGUCCCAAACUCCCCAAAUCAGUCUGUCAAUCCAUCCACACCCUGGGAAACAGAGCCUGUGGUUGAAGAGUCGGGGGUAUUAGAGGACGCCAAUGCAGAGAAUCUUUAUUUAAUGGGGAUGGAGCUCUUUGAAGAAGCUCUACGAAAGUGGGAACAGGCCCUGAAUAUUCGCCACUCAGGCUCAUCUUCCAGCAACAGUAGCCUUGUGCUACAGGGGGCAACGUGUGAAGACUUUCCCAUGAUGGAAAUGCGUAAUAAAGUGUUUGCUGAGAAGUUGGAGACACUACUGCACAGGGCCUACCACCUACAGGAGGAUUUUGGCAGCACUAUCCCAACAGACAGUGUGCUGGCAGACUUUGAGAGUGAAGGAACUCUCAUCUUGCCUCAAGUGGAGACUUUCCACCGAUUGCAAAAUGAUGAUGCAGCUACUGUUUCCUCUGAUGACUCCUUCUUCUCUGCUGCAGAGUUGUUUGAUGCAAUGGCUCUAGAAGAGGUCUAUCAUCCUCUUAAGCCUGCAGCUCUAUAUGAAGAAGCCUUGUCCCUAGUGCGGGAGUGCAAAGUGGCCUACAGGUCCUCGAGGACUGAAUUACUUGAAUGUUAUGAUGAUCAAGAUUUCCUUGCCAAACUCCACUGUGUGAGACAAGCGUUCCAGGUCCUGUUGAUAGAUGAAACUCAUCGCACAUUUUUCAUGGAGACUGGAAAGCAAAUGAUCACAGGGUUAAUGGUGAAGGCAAACAAGAGUCCUAAAGCCUUCCUAGAGAGCUAUCAGGACAUGCUGCUUUACACCCAGAGGGAAGAAACAUGGCCCAUCACUAAGAUGGAGCUGGAGGGCAGAGGAGUGGUGUGUAUGAACUUUUUUGACAUUGUGUUGGACUUCAUCCUGAUGGAUGCGUUUGAGGACCUGGAGAGCCCUCCCUCCUCUGUGGUCGCUGUGCUGAGGAAUCGCUGGCUUUCUGACAGCUUUAAAGAGACGGCCCUGGCCACUGCUUGCUGGUCUGUCCUCAAAGCUAAAAGGCGUUUGCUUAUGGUACCUGAUGGUUUUAUAUCCCACUUCUAUGCCAUAUCAGAACAUGUGAGCCCAGUUUUAGCUUUUGGGUUUUUAGGACCCAGGCAGCACCUAAGUGAAGUGUGCACUAUCUUUAAGCAACAAAUUGUACAGUACCUUAAGGAUAUGUUCGACCACGACAAAGUACGCUUCACCUCGGCUCAGUGCUUGGCGGAGGACAUCCUGAACCUUUCCCACCGCCGGAGUGAAAUUUUACUGGGGUAUCUGGGGAUUGACAGCCUUCUGCAGCUCAAUGGUACCGUGCCCAUAGAAACGGAGGAUUCUUCAGGGCCCAACUAAAACCACUAGGGCCACUAAGUUAUUCAUGUGUCUUGUGAGGGCCAAAGACUUUGGGUUUUCAAGUAGGGAACAGCAAGGAGUUCCAUCUCAACACUUGAGUUGUAAGAAAUAAUCAUUUAAUCAUCAGCAGAUUUAUUUUCACUAGAUCUGGGUUAUCACCAGUACCAGUGAGGGGAGACUUUCCUAUUUUGUAAUCAGCUGCUGUGUUGUAUUUGGAGACGGCCAACUGAAGUCAUGUAAUCUCAGACAUGUGUGGACUUGUCUCUGCCUUGAUGUGAUACGUAGAAACACACAGGACAGAAGCACUCUGAGCAAAUGAAGACUGGGCCUUCUACACUGUUACUCCUCAUGGAGCGAAUGUUUUCAGAUUACCACUCGUGGUUGCAUUGUAACCUUCCAUUCAUCUGACCGGUGAAAUCAGUUUGAAUAUCUUCCUUAUCUACCUUCUUCAUUAUUAUAUGGGGAAAAAAACAAGUCUGAUAAUGUUUUAGUUUUUUAUUGAAAGGGACAAAGAUAUUUGUUAAAACCAUGAUAAUUCCUGAUAACCUUGGCUAACUCUCUGUCGCUUCUGCUGCUUAAUGAAAGAUGUGAUGAAUUUGUCUCCCCACUUAUACAAUAGUAUUUAUUCCAGUUUGGUAUGGUCCAGCAGUUUAAGAUGUGACUGUGUGAAGUCCAGAAGGACAACAAUUAAAAGUAGCUUAGGGUAAAAUGUUAACAUAUAGAAAAUAUGUAUUGAUUAUCCCCAAAUUAUGCUCUGACCCCACACCACUUCUAUUAAUCGUCUCCGAUAAAGUGGAUUACGCCGAUAGAAAACAACAUAGAACUGAUGUGGUUUUCGAGUUUAUUUAAACAAAAGUGUCUCAAUACAAAUACAUUUAAAUCUGUUAAUGUGUGAAAUUUUCAGCAGCACUACAUACUGAGUAUAAAUGUUGUUAUUGGUGUAAAUUGGGAUAAGAGUGGAUUAAAGAAAAACCCUAAACCCAAAAGGUCUUAUUUUUCACAGCAGACAUGUGCCAGUGUUUUAAUAGGAAAAGUGCAAGUGUUACUGUUAAUCUGAACAAUUGAAGUGUUUUAAUUACGUGUUUAUUUAGUUUAAGCCAUGACAGCAACAGCACGGGUAGAAAAUUACUAGGUGAGUUUUGCUGAUUAAACUACCUAACAGUAUGUAGACUCAUUUUCAGCCAUAACCAGUAAAACAUUAACCAUAAUAAUAAUGAUCCAAUAAUAUAGUUGACUAUAUAAACAGUACAUCGUCAUCAGAAGAGCAUUCAUUUGGAUACCUAGGUACACUGCUCUUUAAAUUCAACUUUCGUCAAAUGUAAUUGAUCAUUUUCCUACUUUUAGUUGAGAAUCACAAUGUCUUACCCCUGUGCUUUUCCUUUUAUGCCAAAAUGUGUGCUGUGAAAAAAGCUCAUCAACACUUUGAGCACCAUUUACAGUAGAAUUGUUACCAAGGUUGUUUGUGACUUCAUGAAGUCUUGCAAUGAGGAAGUGGGCAUUGUACAGUCAGACUGUUACCUCCAUAAGGGCAUGGAUGAUAAAACCUGAGUUCUCUUUCUCAGUACUGUGAACGUGUUGGACAC